AUGACGUCAUCAUCAUCGGAAGAAGGAGAAAAGGAGGAAGAGGAGGAGGAAUUGGCGGGGGUGGGAAGAUCGUACGAGUGCGUGUUCUGCAAGAGGGGUUUCAACACUGCACAAGCUUUGGGUGGCCACAUGAACAUCCACAGAAAACAUACUAGACCUUCUUCAAGAACCUCUAGUACUAAUAUCAUUGCUAAUCAUCAUCCUCGUACUACUAAUAAUAAUCAUUAUCAUAAUAAACCUAGUACCGCCACGUCAUCGAACCAACGAGAACGACAAAUGUUGUACAACACAGGCGGCCCCAGGAUGUACCAGCAAAUUAUUUCACCUUCAUCAGCAAAUCAUUUUGUUGCAUCUCAUCAUCAUCAUCACCAGCAACCCAGUUUCUACAAUAAUGAAUAUCGACAGCCGUCCGAUCAUCCAAUAGUGGUUCCUGCAGAUAACUGGCGGUUGAGAUUGAGCUUGGAAUUCUCUCCCAUGAAUAUUGUGCAGGAAGAAGAUAAGAACAAACAGGAGGUGAUGAUGAAUCAAAAAGAAGAGGAGCAGCUGGAUUUGGAGCUUCGACUUGGCUAUAGCUAUGAUUCAUGA